GGCUUGCUCACAGGUGAGCCGAACACGGAGCAGGUGAAAAGUCGCCCACAUGUGUCUCCAGAAGAACAAGUGAAACAGUCGGCAGGCCUCGCAUCUGGCCCUCUGCCGUCAUGGCUGCCAGCCGUGUUGGCAAAUGCGCCGUUGUGUUCUUCCUCGCCAUUCUUUUUGAUGUCGCUGGUCUAGUUGUACUUCUGGUGGGGAUUUUUGGCAAUCUCAAAGUGGACGGUCGCUUCUACGGAGAUUUUCUUAUCUACACGGGUUCCAUUGUCAUUUUCCUAAGUUUGGUGUGGUGGGCUUUGUGGUAUUCUGGAAACGUCCGACUAUAUGAUCACAGGAGAAACUCUCUGGACAUCAGUUUGACGCAAUGGGCGAGAAAGUUGUCUGAAAGGUUCUCCAGAAGCGCCAUGAAGUCUCUGGAGAAGAAGAAUUUAGCCAAAGAGAUGAACGGAACCGCGCCUCGUGAUGUCCCCACUCGGAUUACUUGGGAUUUGACAGCAGGUCACGACAACAAGGGUUUUGAUGGAUGGGCUGAGUGCAACCAAAAUGGGAAAAACGUGGAGUUGGGGGAAGUGAAGAGCUCAGAUCUGAAUCUGCACGUUGCAGAGAACAAAUCCGAGAAGUCGCUCUACUUGGAGAAGGUCGGAUUUCCUUGAAGGAUGAAUAGGUGCUGCUUUUCAAAAGCCGUCAAAAGAUUGAAAACCUUGAAGUAAAAAAAACUAGUGUGACUUUUAUUUAUUUUUUUAAGCUUUCUCAAUCAGGGACAAGCCUUCAAGGAAGGAAGACUGCACACAGGAGAACAUCUUUUAAUAUGUAAAUAGCAAAUUCAUAUUUUUUAUGUGAUGAUUUAUGGAGAGAAAAAAAUAUUUUUCAAGGAAUAAAGCUGGUACCAGUUGUA